AAAAAUAAUUAUUAUAACAUGUACAUAAAGUAAAACAUUUUUCAGUAUACUUUAUUUUCUUAAUUUUUACGCUUAUUUAAGAUUUUAACUUAAUUAUUCUUAUCAAUCUUUUUGAUUUAUUAUCUUAUAAUAGUUAUUCAUACAAAUUAAAAUGGACUCUUUCGUUAAUCAGAUAUUACAUUUUGGCUGUUCUUCUUCCUUGUAUGUUUUUGGACUCACUGCAAUUAUUGGAUUUACAUAUUAUUAUUUGACAUCUGUAGUCGAAGAACCUAAGUUACACUGCAAAGACGGCGAUUUCAAGAAGUUUCUUUACCAACAUGUACCUCUUACCAAAAAACACAUUUGGCCGUUGGCAUUGGGUUUUGGACCUGGUUUGAAUACUGUGAUAGCAUUUUGUGUUCGAUAUUUAUUUGUGCCGUCCGUAAAAUAUGACAGAGAACUGCUGGACCUUAAAGACGGUGGUCAUGUAGCAUUAGAUACUUUACAGCCAAAUGAAAAUUCAAUAAACGGAGACGUCACAAUUUUGGUAAUGCCUGGGUUUGGUAAUAGUUCUCAAAGUGGGUAUGUGAGAGCUGCAUCGUUGGCCUUACAAAAGUCUGGAUACCGUGUGGUUGUUUUUAAUUAUAGAGGAGUUGGGGGACUCAAAUUAAAGACGCCAAGAAGUUUUACCGGACACGAUUUAGAAGACGUUACAGAGGUAGUUAAUCAUGUAAAACAAAAGUACCCCAAAACCAUUUUGGGCGGCUUAGGAAUAUCGAUGGGUUGUACGCUGUUAGGAGUCUAUAUGUGUUCAAACGAACAAUACACUCACAAACGUUUAAGUGCAGCAAUGUUUUUAUCAGCGCCCUGGAAUGCACACUCUAUCGCAUCAUCUAUGUCGAAAAAUAUCACGGGCCGUAUGACUGAUUUGGCGAUGACACGUUACAUGAUAAACAGCUAUGUGAAAAGCAACAGCAAAGUCCUGAAUUGUCCAAACCAAAAAUGGAAUUACAACGACGUGAUUAAGUGUAAAACCGGAGUAGAAUUUUUUAGAAAUUACACAAUUAAGAUGUUGGGCUACAAUACGGUUGAAGAUUACUUUGAUUCGGUUUCAUUGCAUGACAAAAUAGACCGUUUUAAUAUACCAUGUUUGUGCUUAUCUGCUGCUGAUGACCCCCUAGUGUCCGAUAUACCUGUAGAACAAGCUUCCACCACAGAAAACGUUGCGAUUUUGUUAACGGCAAGAGGAGGACAUAUUGGAUUUUUUGAAAAUUUUAGGCCAUUUUCCGAAAAGGAAGAAUUCAUGAUAUGUAUUAUACGGCAAUACUUCGAUGCAAUAUUCAAAAACGAUAACUACAAAAAAUUUACUAAUUGAUUAACCGCUCUUGAUCCGUCUUUUUGUUGCUCAUUUGGGUUAAGUUAAGAUUAAUUAUAUAAUAAUAGGUAUACCAUGUUAGGUAAUAGGUACAAAACUAUAUUUUAUCGUUUAUCGUUUAUUACUUAUCUCUUAUCUCUUACUAUGUAUAAAUA